UACUUCUAUCAAGGCAAGUAAAUAAACUCACACGACGCCGUUUCAUUCCUCCUUGCCAAUAUCAAUCAACGUCCUCACUCCUCUAGUUCAUAAAGUCUACCUCGGCAGCUGUGAGUCAAAGACCUAUUACACGCACGCAGAAAUGCUUACGGUCAAUCCGGCCGGUCCUUCGAAGUCUGGCGUCGCCAGAGGGAUCUUCCGGCGAACUCCGGCGAUCUCCGGGGAGAGCCCCAGAGCCCGGAGGUCCUGUGUACGGGUCAAAGAGAACGGGUCAAUCCGGGCAGUGAUCAGCAGUGGGGACAAGGCUUUGGAGGCUGCGAGUCCAUUGGAGAGCAAAGAGAGUAAUGGGUCUUUGUUGUCUUCGGGAGGAGGGAUCGAAGUGAGGGCAGUGGUGACGGUGAGGAAGAAGAUGAAGGAGAAGAUCACGGAGAAGAUAGAGGACCAGUGGGAGUUCUUUGUCAACGGGUUUGGCAAGGGGAUUCUCAUUCACCUCAUAAGCCAAGAGAUUGAUCCCGAUACCAAUUCAGGAAAGAGUGUGCAGUCCUCUGUUAGAGGAUGGUUGACGAGGCCAUUGAGCAAUCCCCACAUUGUUGAAUAUGCUGCUAAACUCACUGUCCCGCAUGACUUUGGGUGUCCUGGCGCUAUUCUCCUUACAAAUCUUCACAGCAAGGAGUUCUACUUGCUGGAGAUUGUCAUUCAUGGCUUUGAUGGAGGGCCCAUCUUCUUCCCAGCCAAUACAUGGAUCCAUUCACGGAAAGAUAAUCCUGAAAGUAGAAUUAUCUUCAAAAAUCAAGCAUACUUACCAUCACAAACACCACCUGGCAUAAAAGAUCUUCGACGUGAAGACUUAUUGAGCAUUCGGGGUAAUGGGAAGGGUGAGAGAAAGCCACAUGAUAGGAUUUAUGAUUAUGAUCUCUAUAAUGAUUUGGGUAAUCCGGACAAGGAUGAAGAUCUUGCUAGGCCCGUACUGGGUAGUGAGGAGUGGCCUUAUCCAAGGCGCUGCAGAACUGGCCGGCCUCCAACAGGGUCAGAUCCACUUUCUGAGACCAGGAUCGAAAAGCCCCAUCCAGUGUAUGUUCCUCGAGAUGAAACUUUUGAGGAGAUUAAGCAGAAUACUUUCUCGGCAGGAAGGUUGAAAGCCGUGCUUCACAACCUUAUACCAUCUAUUGCUGCGACAUUGUCAAGUUCGGACAUCUCUUUUAAGUGCUUUUCUGAUAUUGAUAAGCUAUAUAAUGAUGGUUUUAUCUUGAAAGAGGACGAGCAUAAAGAUUUAGUUGAGAAUCGGUAUGUGGGCAAGAUGGUGAAAGAGGUUAUGAGCAUUGGCCAAAGGUUGUUGAAGUAUGAAACCCCGGCCAUUAUAAAAAGAGAUAGAUUUGCUUGGUUGCGAGACAACGAAUUUGCACGUCAGAGUUUAGCUGGGGUCAAUCCGGUGAACAUCGAGCUUUUGAAGGAAUUUCCAAUCCUCAGCAAGCUAGACCCUGCCGUCUACGGCCCUCCAGAGUCAGCUCUCACAAAAGAAUUGAUAGAGCAAGAACUCAACGGAUUGAGUUUGGAAAAGGCUAUUGAGGACAAGAGACUGUUUAUACUCGACUACCAUGACAUGCUUUUGCCUUUCGUCAAGAAGAUUAACUCUUUGCCCAGCAGGAAAACUUAUGCUUCUAGGACAAUUUUUUUCUAUACCAAGACCGGUUUUCUGAGGCCUAUAGCUAUUGAGCUUUCACUUCCCCCAACGCCUUCCUCACCUCGAAAUAAACAUGUUUACACUCACGGGCAUGCUGCUACCACGCAUUGGACCUGGAAGCUAGCCAAAGCUCAUGUUUGCUCAAAUGACGCUGGUGUCCAUCAACUAGUGAAUCACUGGUUGAGGACUCAUGCUACCAUGGAGUCUUAUAUAAUUGCAACUCAUAGGCAGCUCAGUUCAAUGCACCCCAUUUACAAGCUACUCCACCCUCAUAUGCGCUACACACUAGAAAUUAAUGCACUUGCACGGCAAGGUCUAAUAAAUGGAGGGGGAAUAAUUGAGGCUUGUUUCAGUCCAGGAAAGUAUGCCAUGGAGCUUAGCUCUGCAGCCUACAAGAGGUUGUGGCGGUUUGACAUUGAUGCUUUGCCAGCAGAUCUUAUUCGGAGGGGCAUGGCAGUGGAGGAUCCGUCGAUGCCCUGUGGUGUGAGACUUGUAAUUGAAGACUACCCUUAUGCUGCAGAUGGCCUCCUAGUAUGGUCGGCAAUUGAAGAAUGGGUAGACAAUUAUGUCAACCAUUUCUACAGUGAGCCAAAUUCUGUCACUUCUGAUCUUGAGCUCCAAGCCUGGUGGGAUGAAAUCAAGAACAAGGGUCACCAUGACAAAAGGAAUGAGCCCUGGUGGCCUAAACUGAAUACCAAGGAGGACUUAUCUGGUAUUCUUACCACAAUGAUUUGGAUUGCUUCUGGUCAGCAUGCAGCUAUCAACUUUGGGCAGUACCCGUUCGGAGGAUAUGUCCCAAACCGUCCUACCCUUUUGAGAAGACUCAUUCCACAAGAAACUGACUCUGAUUAUGAGAAGUUUAUUCUAAACCCUCAGCAUACCUUCCUAUCUUCCUUGCCGACUCAACUUCAAGCGACCAAGGUAAUGGCAAUUCAAGACACCCUCUCCACUCACUCUGCAGAUGAAGAGUACCUGGGUCAGGUGAACCGGCUACACAGCCAUUGGAUCAAUGAUCAUCAAGUUUUGAAAAUGUUCAAUAAAUUCUCUGCUAGACUAGAGGAGAUAGAGGAGAUAAUAAAUGAAAGAAAUAAAAACAGUCAUCUUAAAAAUAGAAGUGGUGCAGGUGUUCCCCCCUAUGAACUGUUUCUUCCCACUUCCGGGCCGGGAGUCACGGGUCGCGGAAUCCCCAAUAGCGUCUCUAUUUGAUGACUUUAGCUGGUGUGAAAGGUUUACUAGGUCCUCAUCUCGUAGUUAUAGCCAUCUUUGGUGCUUACUAUUGCUUUGUCAAAAGCCUGUAAAUCUAGGAGUUCUUUAUGAAUAUUCUAUUCUCCAUUAUAAGUACAUCUUUUCAGCU